GACGGGGAGACGGCGCGAUGUGGUUCUUUCUCCAAACAAAUGGGUGGUGAUGAUAUAAAACCCUAAAAGUCCCAAGUAAAACCGUCUCAAUAUCUUGUUGGUCUUUUAAGUUUGCUACGAAGGCUAGUAUACGUCCACGUAGACAUUUUUGGUUUUUUGCUUAACGAUAAAAAUGGCUGAGGCAAGGAGACCUAACUCACGAAACAGAAGGCGACCAAGGAAGAAUUCUUCACGUAGAGAUGUUCUGAAGCUUUGCACGGCGUAUUUGUACCGUGAGGAUGGUUGCGAGAGAGGAGAACUGUGUAACAACCUCCACAUCUGCCGAUACUAUAUGUUGAAGCAGUGCCGAGCUGGGAAUUCCUGCCGCUUUUCACAUGAUAUGCAGUCAAGACAAAUAGAUGUCAUGAUGGUGAGAAGGUAUGGUUUUUGCCUGAAAGGGGAAACUCGACGCAAGUUCAAAAGUCUGUUUGCGGCAACGAUCAGGUCCCCGAAGGACAGGUCAACAGAUGAGUCAGUGGAAAGUAUCGCGAAAAAUAAACAGCUUAACGAGGACAAAUUAAUGAAUUUUCUUGAGAGCUUUUCCGAUAUCGAAGAGAAAGCAACAAACGCACAGCCUGCCAAAGUUGUUAAAAAAGAAACUGUAGGUCCAAAUACAUCUGCAGCUUCCAAUUCUUUGGAGCAAGUUCCAGCAGCGAGAACCAGAAAUCCGUCUAAGAAUGCCAAGAGAAGAAAGUCCACUCCGAGCACUGACCCUCAGGUCUCAGAAAAAGUCUCGGAAAGACCAUCCGACGAAAAGACCCCCCAAGUUACAGUUGAAGGAUCCUCAGCUUCAGGAGAAGCCUCAAGUCCAACAAGUUCUUCAUCAGCUGAUCAGGAGCUGAUGGGGGCGCCUUCAUCUUCCGGGGAAAGGCUAGAGGUCUGCCAUUUCUACUUACGAGGAAAGUGCAAUUACGAUCAGAGGGAACAUGGGAUCUACGUGCAUUGUUUGCAACCAUUCCAGUGGCAGAUUCUAGAUGCUAGGACGAAGAAUACAUCUUGGCUGGACCUAUCCAAGCAGGCCAACAGUCAUCUGGAGAAACACUUCUGUGAUGUCAACAAUAAAGAGUACACUGGGGGAAUCCAUGUAUGUGGUGAAAAAACCAACUUCAUGCACGUCGUUACUGUUACAUUUGGUAAACACUUCUCCACAAUCCAAGAUGGAUUCGGCCAUGUUUUAGAUGUCCGGCGUCUUUCGUCCCUCUCCUCUACUCGGGCAGGAGGCUGGAGGAAGGAAUACAGCACUCAUUGGAUGUGGUACUGGAAGGACGGAACCAAGAAGUGGAGGGAGUACCCUAAACAGGUACCAGUACAGGCUGGUAACCCAGCCUCCUCAAGCAUCAACACAUUGAUAUUGGAGAGGAAAUAUUUGGACUUCAUGUUGAAAGGAAAAACGGCCUCUUACGUUUUCACCACGGAUGAAGGGAAGUUUAAAUUAAACUUCUCCUGCAUGGAGCAAACGUGCCUAGCAGAUCACCGUGUGUUUGAGGUUGCAAGGAGACCUAAUUAUUCAUUACUAGAGCGCCCUGCCAACAGUACACAAAGUGAGGCUGAUGUCGAUGAGUCAUGUGCCAGUAACUUCUCAGCUGACGGACAUUCUGAUGAGCUCAAUCCAGUUGCAGCCCCUAAGAUGGUAAACAGAGACGUUGCAUCAGUUGAAGACGUAAAGGAGACGAAAAGCCCAAAGGAGGAAACACAACCCAGGAAGGACAAAAAGGAGGAGGAAAGGCCAAAAGUUGCCAACAGCGGUGCUCUACAGUCGGUGAAAUCAAGAGCAGUGUGUCACAAAACAACACCACCUGAUGUGGCUAGCUUCAGGGGGUCAGAGGGAAACUGCUUGUGUCAACCGUCAGGAGCAGGAAACCCACAACAUCUUCAGAAAGAACCGGAAGCUUCGGUGUUUGUGGUUAAGAAGCCAGAUGUUGCCACCCCCAAGGACGUAACAUGUAGUGCUCUUUCAUCCAGGGACACCGACAGGCUACGUGAGAACGUUUUCAGAGGACCUCAUCCAUCUCAUGUCCAAGAUGUCGUCAGACCUAAAGAAAAGAGCAAGGACCAACAGUUGCAAGAGGCGAAACCAAGGUGGAAUGCCAUCGACUAUGACCAUCUUGAAGCUACUCUGGAUAAGCUCAAUGAUGGAGGUAGGCUAUCAUCUGAACAAGCAAGCAAGGUUCAAGCAAAUCUGACGACACUUGUUGCUAAUUUAAAAAAGGAAGGUGCGUGGACACACUUGCCAUAUUCACUCAAGUUCAAAAUCAUUGAGGCCCAAAACCUUCAUUUAGAGCAGAACCCAGAUACCUCCAAGCUUAAGCUCAAAGAAGAACCAAGUUCCUCUGUCUUGCCGAGUGCCAAACAUAUUUCCUGGAAACCAAAGUCUCCUAGCCCAAGGUCUCUACCAACGACUGCUUCCUCCAAUCCAACUGAUGGCGCUAUCCACCGCACUGGGCAUGGUUACCAAACCGAUUCAGUCUACAUCUGCACCUACUUUCUCCGCGGAAGAUGUAUAUUUGACGGAGACAAGUACAACCACAAGAGGCAUUGCAGACAGCCUUAUCAGUGGCAGACAAAGGACACACAACGAGGGCAAACUGGCUGGCAAGACCUUCCUCAAACUGAGAACUACAAUGUUGAGAAGAUUUACUGUGGCGUCAACAAUUCUCUUUACAGCUCACGAAGCAAUGACGGAAACUUCUAUUCUGAUAUGACCAUCCAAUUUGACGUCAUGACCGGUACUUUGGAAUGUAGUUACGAGGUUGAUGUCCGGAGGCUGGCGACAGUGUCAAGCGUCACAAAGAGUAACUGGGAAAAAGCGUUUUGCAUCGAGUGGGUUUGGUACUGGCUGGAUGAAACACACAGAUGGAUCGUUUACUCAGAAAAGAACAUGAAAGGCAUCAUAGCAGGCAUCGACAGCAGCAGUAUCGAGCAGAAGUACUUGGACUAUGAAAGCAAGCAGGGGGCUGCCAAAAUUAACUUCACAGCAGGAGGCCAGCGCUACGAGCUUGACUUCCAGGCAAUGCAACAGAAGAACCUACACUACCUUACAUGCAGGCGGGUCAGACGGCGACCAAAGUUUGCCAGUAUGGAGGAACGAAAACAAGAAUCUAAACGACACAAAGCUCUGGCAGAGAGAGGUAGUGUCGUGGUUCCGACGACCUGGGACAAUCACGGUGCCAGAACGGACGAGGUACUGGUCAACAUCAGAGACUUCACCAGUGCUGAAUACAUCAAUAUUGCCAACUUGUUUUGGGACACCAUGGACGACAAGGCCACGAUCAUCUCAAUACAGAGGGUUCAGAACCUGGAGUUGUGGGAGGACUUCACAAAGAUGAGUGAAAGGAUGAAAAAGCGAAAGAGAGGUCAGCCAGUUCUACAGAAGCAACUAUUUCACGGAACCCAAGAAAAAUACAAGGAUCCCAUCAGCCGUCAGAACUUCGACUGGCGACUCAGCGGGACCACCGUCGGUACACUCUACGGAAAGGGGAGCUACUUCGCUCGUGAUGCAAGUUUUUCCAACAGCUACACAUUACCUGAUUCCGAUGACUGCCGUUACGUCUUUGUGGCUCAAGUCCUAAUCGGAGACACAAUCACUGGAGACCCCUCAUACGUUAGGCCUCCACCUAAAGACCUGAACGAUCCACAUGGGGAACUGUAUGACUCCUGCGUCGAUAAGAUGAGUAACACGGAAAUAUUUGUUGUCUUUGAAAAAACACAAGUGUACCCUGAGUAUUUGAUUAGAUAUAAAUUGAAGUCUCCAUCCAGCGUGAGUAAUGCGGCUCGUGCAGGCCCACAAUCAACUGCUUAUACGCCUUCUGGUAGACGUGCUACUGCGAGACCAUCUCAGAACUACACAAAUCCAAAUCCAACUCCAACGUCUUAUCAAACCUCUUAUGCCAGCAGAAACGCAAGCGCAAACCCAAGAUUUCCUCAGACUCCUCCUCCGCGACAGCAAUCAUCUCCUAAGAAAGAACCAUCAUCAUGCACCAUACAGUAAUUCAAUAAGCGGCGCAUUUUCUAUUGACUUCCAGUCAUUAUACCGAUCCAUUAAGCUGCGCCCCUCUGCGCACGUGUUGCAAGAAUCUGGAGCCUCUCCAAUGCCAUUCUGCACAACUCUACCGCACGCGCCAAGCAUACGCGCGCAUGACUGUCGGACUUUAUUUGACACGACUUUUGGUUGCGAAAUGGCUUGUAAUUGGUCAAUAUUAAUGGGGCUGAGCUUAAUGGAUCGGUCUAUUGACUCAAAGAGCUAUGUUUGUUACGAAGAGAAAAUAGUGGUGUAACAACUGCACACUACUAUCAGGGAUGUGAUUUUACCCAGAUUGCAGAGUUGGGUUUUUAAAACCACAGACAAAUGUAGGUAAGCAGGCUCUGAGCUGGCAAGCUUUUGCACACUGCAAGCUUAAAUUACGCUUUUUUUGUGCACUCGCAAGCUUUUUUCAACAACCUAUCACACCCUUGUACUCGGUGAAUUCACAAACCUUAAAAAAAUACUACAACUUUUUACACCUUAAAAGUUUCUUUCUAAAAAUUGGAUACCCGAACCAGUUGUGCCAAGAGUUUGGUUUAAAUGAGAUACAGCUGUUUGCAGUUGAACCAAGAAAGUUUGUCUGGAAGGGGGUCUAAACCUGUGACCUUCAGAACUGUGUCGCCAUCCUUGAUGAAACGUGUAUGCGUGUAAGGCUAUCAUGGGCUGAGAAUCAUGCGCUGCGCGUACAGUCGUGUGUUUUCCCAUUGUUUGUCAUGCAGUUUAAUUGUGUGACAGCAUGCACCAUGACAAACAUUUAACAAUUUGUUCAUAAGUCUCACUCUGCCGCAAUGUAUAGAUCGUGCAAGUCUUUUAAAAUUUGAUGAACGGUACCGUGAAGUCUCACAGCUUUUACGAACACUUCUUGAUUUUGAAACAAAAUCGUGCACAACGACAACAAUUUAAUGAGUUGUUCACAAGUCUAUAUCUCUGCCACAAUGUACAUUAUCCUAUACACAAUCUGAAAUGAAAUGUUUCUCAAAAUUAGUUUUUGUUUAAUCCAAGUGCUUCUCACCAAGUAAGCUAUUUGACAUUAAUUGUUUGAAUAGUUACCAACGGUACAUAUACCCUCCCAUUUCGCUGAAAAAAUUAUUUACAUUUGUUCAUUAUUUGCUGUAUAUAAAGAGUAAAAUAUUUGCAUGGUCAGUAACAAAAUAAAUGCUAUUGUCAAAUAAGUAAUUUAUAUCAAACUUGAAACAUUUUAAAACAAUCAAAUUUAUAAGACAAAUGUUUGAGCAUCAAGUGGUAGCUUAAAUUUAUAAAAAGAGGAUGAUAAAUUUAGCUCAAAAUGAGAUUAAGUUACCUACUACAUGUAGUUCAUAGUAUAAUAAUAUUGAUGUGGACACUUGUAAAGGUCCUAAUUCAUAAAGCUGCUUUUAAAGCACGAUAUGCCUAGGUUGAUAUUUGACUUUUUCUUUCCUAUAAUUUUGAGGAAAAUUAGAGAGAAAUUUGUUUGAAUCAAGUUUUGGCAAAUUUAAAUUGCAAUUUUAGGCUAUAAAAUGAUGCAGAGGCUUUACUGAUCCCUUUUUUUUUUUGGAGGUUGACUUAGGAUUUUAGCCAUAUUUUGUGGAAUAUUAUUAUUCAAAAUUGAAAAAAUCACAAGGGGUAAGUCCAGCUUGUUUUUCUUCAUACUUAAGCUCAAAAAUUACUAUUCGCAAGUAGGCCUAAUGUAUGUGCAGAAUUGUUAUCAAAUUUGAGCCAAAAAUUGAAAACAAUUGCAAGGGGUCAGUCUUGCCUUUGGUUCAGAUUUGAGCUUUUUUUAACAUGCAAUUUAAGGCUCCAAAAAGGCGCAGUGGGCUCUGUUGAUCUAUCUAGGUAUGUUAUAAGAUUUAUUUAGACUAAUAUUGAUACUUGAAAAAAUCCAGCUUUUUGGUGUAUUUAUAUUCACUGGUAGCUUGUAGUUUUUUGAAUCGUAAGAUAAAGUUCACCGUCAUUCGUGUAAAAAUAAAGACAAAUUUAAAGACAAA